UCUCUCUCUCUACAUCCUAUGCACCGCUCUCUUUCUCUCUCUAAAAAACACACCAUUUUUAACUUCUUUAAAUCUUGAAUUUGAUCAAAAUGCAUUUCAUUUCUUGAUCGGCGUUGCAGAUCAAAGUUUUUGAUGCAAAAAGAUUCGAUUUCUUGAUCAGGUUUGCGAAAUUCACCACCUUUAUGUUUCAUGUUGUUACAAUUUCAUGCGGGGUGCUUUUGAUGCUUCAUAUCAGCUUAAAGUUUUGAGCUUUUGUGAAAUUCACCAACUUUUUGUUUCAUGUUAUUGUAAUUUCAUGUGGGGUGCUUUUGAUGCUUUAGAUGGUGUGAAAUCGAUCAGCUUAAAGUUUUGAGCUUUUGCGAAAUUCACCAACUUUAUGUUUCAUGUUAUUGAAAUUUCAUGUGGGGUGCUUUUGAUGUUUCGUAUGGUGUGAAAUCUUAAAGUUUUUGAGCUUUUGUUGUUGUGUACAUGUGUUAGUUCAAUUGUAGGGUUCUUGAGGUUAAAGAUUGAUCAAUGGUCAUAAUUGGGUACCCUUGUGUGUUGUGAAUUGGUGUUAAGAUUUUGAUCGAGGUCUAGUUUUGGGUGUUUUCUGUGAUCUUUGUUCAAGUUUAGAGUGUGUGUUUAUAAGAUGACUCGUAGUGUUAGACAAAAGUGUGAGAAAGAAACCCGAGAGUCGGAUUUAUCUGAUGAACCGGAAAUGGAGAAUCUAGAGUGUUUGAAACUGGAUGAUGAUGGCAUUGUUGAUUGGACUCGAUUGCCUGAUGAUGCUGUGAUUGAUGUUUUUACUCGUUUGAGUUAUCGUGAUCGAGCUAAUAUGUCAUCAGCUUGCAAAAGCUGGAGAUCUGUUGGAUCUUCAUCGUGUUUAUGGCGAUCGUUAGAUCUUCGCGCUCAUAGAUGUGAGGGGGAAUUAAUGGAGUGUCUAGCUUCUCGAUGCUCAAAUCUCCAAAAACUUCGGUUUCGUGGGUCUGCUAAUACUGAUUCGCUAGUCAGCAUUCGAGCUAACAAUUUGAAAGAGUUAAGUGGCGAUUUCUGUAAGGUACUAAGUGAUUCAACGCUUACGUUAAUUGUAACCUAUUACAAACUUCUUGAAAGUAUCCAACUCGGGCCCGAUAACUGUGAAAUGAUAACAAGCGACGGGUUAUAUUCAAUAGCCAUUUACUGCCCUAACCUAAAAAAGCUUAGGCUUUCCGGAAUCUCAGAUGUCAGUUAUCAGGCCAUAAGGGCUUUAGCUGAUCGUUGCCCCAAUCUUCACGAUAUUGGGUUUAUCGAUUGUCUAAAUAUCAGUACGGCGUCAUUAGCCAAUGUCGUGCAACUUCGGUUUCUAUCUGUUGCGGGGACCACAGAUAUAGACUGGGAUUCAGCUGGUGAAAACUGGACCAACCUUCCGUAUUUAGAAGGUUUAGACGUUUCUAGAACUGAUGUGGAUCCCGAGAACUUUACGAGGUUAGUUGAGUCGAUAGAUAGUUUGAAAGUUGUGUGCACGUUUAAUUGUCCGGUGUUAGAGGAAGACCCCGCUGUUUAUAAAUCUCAUGGUAAAAUGAUGCUUGGGUUCUCUAACGACACUUUUAAAGUACUAUCGUCUAUGUUUCCUGACACAAAGAGCGAGCAGGCUGUUUUCUCCGAUUGGAGAAGUGGGUCGAAUAAAAACGAUGCGAAUUUGGAUAUUCUUAUGAUGUGGGUUGAAUGGAUUCUUUCACAUGCACUUUUAUGUAUAGCUGAGGCUAACCUAACCGGGCUUGAUCAGUUUUGGCUCGAUCAAGGAGCAGAUCUUUUGCUCACUUUAUUGCAGAGUUCUCAAGCUGAUGUCCAAGAAUGGGCAGCCACUGGGCUUGCAACUUUCGCUGUAGUCAAUGACAUAAGUAUAAAGGUUGAUGCAGGACGAGUUAAGGCUGUCAGGAAAGGUGGCGGUGUUCAGCUUCUUUUACGUCUUGCAAGAUCUUUGAACGAAGGGCUUCAACUAGAAGCAACAAAGGCGAUUUCAAAUCUUUCGACGAAUCCAGCUUUUGCAAGAUCUGUGGCUGGAGAGGGUGGCAUAACCGUUCUUGCAAGCUUAGCAAAAUCUACGAACCGAUUCGUGGCUGAAGAGGCCGCUGGAGGGCUUUGGAAUCUUUCUGCUGGGGACAAGCAUAUGGGAGCUAUUUUUGACGCUGGUGCCAUAAAAUCUUUAGUCGACUUGAUCAUUAAAUGGCCUAGAGGUGGUCAUAGAGUUCUGGAACGAGCGGCAGGUGCGCUUGCCAAUUUGGCGGCCGAUGAGAAGUAUAGCAUGGAAGUUGCAGCAGUUGGUGGUAUUAGUGCGGUAGUAACUCUCGCUUGUACAUGCAAGCAUAGAGGUGUGCAAGAGCAGGCGACUCGCGCGUUGGCUAAUUUAACGGGCCAUGGUGAUAGCAACACUAACAUUGUUAUGGCCGGACAAGAAGAUAGAGUUAUUGAUGUACUCAUUCUUCUUAUUCGUUCUCAACAUGAUGCUGUCAGGCAAGAAGCAGCUACAGCAUUGUGGCAUUUAUCGGGUGAUGCCAGAAACCGAGAACGGAUUGCGUUAGCUGGCGGUGUUGUAGCCUUGGUGGCUCUUGCACAAUCGUGUGUAUACGCCUCUCCGCGUCUUCAGGAGGGAGCAGCUGGUGCUCUAUGGGCACUUUCGGUUUCAGAAGCCAAUAGCAUCGCAAUUGGACGAGAGGGUGGCAUAACAGCGCUGAUAGCGCUCGCACAAUCUCCAUCAGAAAAUGUCCACGAGAUUGCUGCUGGGGCCCUUUCGAGUCUAGUAUUCAACCCGGAAAAUGCAUUGCGACUAGUGGAAGAUGGGGGCAUUUCUGUCUUGAUUAGUCGUUUAUCAUCAAUUUCAAAAUUGGCUCGUUUCAUGGCCGCUAUAGCUCUGGCAUACAUAUACGAUGGCAGAAAGGAUGAACUUGCUCCGGUAGGGAGUUCCACCAAUGGCAGAUCAAAUAGGAUUAUCUUAUGUACAGCCAUGACACAAAUUCAAAAAUCUCUGUUGAGUUUUGCUCACCCACUCAUGUCUUGUUCUACCGCAUUAUCAGCGACUCCUGCAGUGGUGGCCCAAGUAACCGAAUUUGCCCGUAUUCCAGAAGUAGGUCAAUUGCGAUGCAGCCAAGCCGAAAUUGGAAGGUUUGUAUCCAUGUUGCGUCAUCAGUACCGGCAGCUCAAAUUAUGUGCCGCAUUUGCUCUUCUUCAGUUUACUGCUCCGGGUGGGCAGCAUGCACUCCACCAUGUGAACCUGUUACAAGCUUCGGGCGCCGCACGUGUUCUUAGGGUCACAGCCGCUGCAAAAUCGGCUCCACUCGAAACAAGGGUAUUUGCGAAGUGUGUGCUCAGGAACAUGGAAUACCUACAGACAGAUACUUCGACAUAGAAACGUAGCAGGUGAAGAAGUUAGAAAGUGUGAAAGUCAACAGUUAUAGACCAUAUUCUCUUUCUUUCCAUACAAAUUCGGGAGCAUAACUCAGUGGGUCAAAGUCUUGUUUGUUUAGAGUCUUGUCUGUACUUCAAAGUCUUCAUCUUUUCUCUUUUUCUUAAA